CCAGGGUAGAACUGUAGACAAGGCUGAUUCCAGUCAGUGAUAUUGGCCUCUGGGGGCUCAGAGCUGUUGUCUGCAUGUGUAUGUGUGUGUAUGUGGGUGUUAGGGAUGUAAGGAGUGGUGGGGGCUGUAUGAGAACAUUUUUAGAGCGGUGGCUGGUCUCCAAAAGGAGACACUGGUGUAACAAGAUCAGAUAGGAAUGUGAGCCAAGUGCUAAGAAUAGAACUGGGCACAGGUUCCUGGCUCAUGUAUUGCACAUCAAUGUCAGCCAGGAAGUCAUCAGCUGGAGCGAGGGAACAGAGGUGGGCUGGGGGAGUGGAACCCAAGUUUCCAGGGCUUGGGGGCAGAGUCCAACUCAGGUCAUAAACAGAGCUGAUAGGAGACAGUCUGUGGAAAGGGCAAGAGUUGGGACCCAGCAUACUGUGAGUCAGGACCAAGGAGGUGAGCUGGUGCUUAGACAAAGCUCCACCUGACCCCCAUGGCCUUCCUGGUGGCUGGGACCCUGCAGGCGGCCUCACAGUUGGCUGAUGCUCAAGACAGCCUGGGGAGAAAGGGGGAAUACAGCCUGCAGGGUUCAAGAGUGGCCCUGACACUCAGCAGCCAUGGGGUGUCCACUGCUACUGUUGCUGCCCUGGACUAUGUGUUCCGGUCCCUGGGCUUUGAAAACUGUGAGAAGAAGAAGACCUCUGUUCAGUGCUUUCUUGAGGAGCUGAUGUGGUUUCGGGAGCAGCUGGAUGCCCACAAGGGACCUGUGGGCUGUGCCCUUGUAGCCUUAGUGGCCCCCAGUGGGCAGCUGAGGCACGUACAGCUGCUGGUCCGGGAGCUGAGUCACUGUGGGGCUCUGAGGGGCUGCCCCAAAGUCUUCCUCCUUCUCUCAAGUGGCUGUGGUGCUGCCCCGGAGCCCGGAGUCUUCCUCACUGGCCUGAGGGAGCUCUGUGGCCGCUCUCCUCACUGGUCCCUGCUGCGACUGCUGACAGAGCUGUUCUGCAGGGUAGCUGAAGAGUCUACUGGGGAUACCUACUGCCCAUUCUUUCAGAGCUCCUUGAGGGGAGCACUAUGCCUGGGAGGUGUGGAGCCCUGGAUGCCUGAGCCAGAACCCAGUCCCAGGGCUCAGUAUGACCUGUUGGGGGUCAAGGCUGCCCUCCUCCUGGCUGUGAUCCAAGACCGGCCCGGAGCACAGCAUGAUGUGAAGGCACUGGGGGACCUGUGCCGGGCCCUGGGUUUCAAGAUCACCUUGAGAAUGGACCCUACAGCUCAGGGGUUCCAGGCAGAGUUGGCUCAGUUCCGAGAGAGGCUGGACACCUGUAGAGGCCCUGUGAGCUGUGCCCUUGUGGCCCUGAUGGCCCAUGGGGGGCCACAGGGGCAACUGCUGGGGGCUGAUGGGCAAGAGGUGCAGCCAGAGGCACUGGUACAGGAGCUGAGCCACUGCCGAGCACUACGGGGCAGACCCAAGAUCUUCCUGCUACAGUCCUGCCGCGGGGGAAACAGGGACGCUGGUGUGGGGCCAGUGGCUCUCCCCUGGUAUUGGCGCUGGCUUCGGACACCUCUAGCUAUCCCUACACAGGCAGAUGUCCUCCAGAUCCAUACUGAUGCCCAAGGCAGCCCCUCCAGGGACCCCAUUCCAGGAAGCUCUGAUCAAGCAGACAUCCUGACAGUUUAUGCAGCCACUGAGGGCUGUGUGGCCUAUCGGGAUGAGAAGGGCUCUGACUUAAUCCAGACGCUGGUGGAGGUACUCAGAGCCAACCCCAGGGGAGACCUCCUGGAGCUGCUGACCGAGGUCAACAGGCGGGUGUGUGAGCUGGACGUGCUGGGGCCAGACUGCAAUGAGCUCCGCAAGGCCUGCCUGGAGAUCCGCAGCUCCCUCAGGCGCAGGCUCUGCCUGCAGGCCUAAGGGCCCUGCUACAGCCGCCUGAUCCACUCCCGGACUUCUUCAGGACAAAGGGGCGGGCAGCUUGGGCAUGGGCGUUUAAUUGGCGUUCAAUAAAUACCUGUUAAUGAUUGCUUUGCGUGGGCCAGUGUCUGCUCUCGGGGAUCUGUGAAAAAAGUGUUAUGAUGGAUGUAAAGUGCUGGCACUUGGUAAAGGUGCAGUUGUGCCCCUCGGAACCAGAGGCGGGACUGGGACCUGUGCCCUGUGUCUCGGAAUUAGGAACCAACGUGGGCUGGGCUGGGCUGGAAGUAGGACCAGCCCGGGAGUACAUCCCUCUCUUCCUGGCGCUAGAGCCAUGGAAAUGAAGGAAAAACCGCCUCUGCCUUUCUGGCGGACUCAGAUACUCUUGAAAGAGACGAUUGCAGAUUCACCAGUGAAGUGACGGGGAGAGCGCAGGAGAGCGCAGAGCAGUAGGCGGGCAGGUGCGAGAAGAAGUCAGAAGGGUCCCUAGGAGCCAGAGAAGAUAGCUGGGAGAGGUUGGGGACCUGCAGGUUCAUCUUGAUUCGAACUCUCGGCGUGAGGCGAAACUUGCGCAGCGUCCCCACUGAGAACUCCGCCCACAUUUGCCACGAAGGGUAGGUCUUUUUCCACUCUGAGCAUGCGCGUGGGCACAAUGCGCAGGCGCUUCAAUAUGCUUUAUAGAAAAAACUGAGGUCUCUAAAACAGUGGGGCCGCGUGGCCUAAUGGAUAAGGCGUCUGAUUCCGGAUCAGAAGAUUGGGGGUUCGAGUCCCUUCGUGGUCGCUGCGGGGAAUCUUUUUCUAAUUUCACGGAAGUGUUUUCCUUCCCUCAGGACACUCUCUACAGUCAGAGGCUUUGUCCCCAAUCGCCCCUAGCCUGCCGCAUCUGCAGUUGAGGACCGGGGUCAAGGUUGCAGCACGGGCGACCAAAGGCGUUUGCCUGACCCCCGCGCACUACCGAGCAGAACCGCGCAGAACCGUGAACAGCGAUCUCUGCGGUUUACAGUUCAGGCGAUGAAAACUGACAGGCGAGGGAGGGUUCGGGUCCCUUGCGGGUGCGGAGGGGAGUUGCUCCUGGGGAAUCAAAGGAUAUGUGCAUUUGAAAACCUAGUAAAUUAUGUGAUAAUGGUUGCACAAUAAUCUGAAUCUAAUUAAGGCCACUGAAUUGUACACUUCUAAAUGACGAAAAUAACAAUUCUAUUGACGUACGCUCACUGUUCUAAAAUACGUGGGACCAAAGCCGAUAGAUCGUCUCGGUUUCUGGCAACGAGGGGACCUUAUGGUUAGUGUAAAUGCACACCCAACAUUUUAAAUACUGCCCGAGGUUGAGCUGACAUUUCGCUUGGAGAAUUUACCUGCUGAGCCCGCGUUCUCUCCAAGGACUCUGGCUAACGAACCCUCCGUGGCCAAUGGCGGGUGCCCCACCGCGAGGGCAACGCCGGCGACAAGGCCGCUUCAGCCCGAGUGCAGAGACGCCCGCAGGCGACCUGGGGUCGUGCGGAGUCACCUUCUCCGCGGGCGGCUGUGACGUCGCAGUGGUUAGUAAGAACUCCCGGUAGAGGAACUUCCCGAGGUUAAGAGACCCAAAGGGGAAGAGAAGAGCUACGCAAAGGCAGCGGGUGGGGCUGGAGCCCCCCGCCUCGGCUGCGACGCCCAGAUUCCACCGGCUGGGCCAGGGGGAAGCUAGAGGCUUCGGGCUGGCGAUCUGCUAAAACGACAAAAUGAGCAACAACAACAACAAAGGGGCCCCACCAGGUAACAUGCGGCCCCAGGGACAGUGGGAGAGGAGGACCGGGGCGGAGACCCCCGCGGCCCCCGCACAGGACGCUCUGCCUUUCCCGGUAGGUGCUGGUCUGUUGCGGGGCACUGGACAUUCAUGGUGCCCGCCCUCCCGCGAUGGGCCUCACAGACACCUUGUUUCCUGUACCAGCUGUCCCCGUGUUGCAGGGGUACCCCUGGAUUAAAGGGCUGAUCCUGGUUUGAACCUGGGAUCUCUGGCUCCCCCAGCGAGUUGCAUACCACCUAGGCCGAUGCAUAACCCUAAAUAAAACUCAGUGUCGCAUGUC